UUUAAAAGUGUAGGUCCAAAUAGAAGUUUUAAAAUCUAUCUAAAAUCUAAACACAAGCUCCGACUGCGUGUGGGCUGUAAACACCGAGUGCGCAGCCGUAUUGUGUUCGAUAAAGCUCCCCUGCGCCCCUGGCGCUCGGUGCGCGCCGAAAUCUGGAUACACCUUACUGUUCGAUCACACCAGGUGGGGGAGGGGGGUAAGAGGGGUCAUCAUAUUCAUUACAGCCUUUGGAUACGUACGCUGUUGUCAUGUGUCUGUUGAUAACUUUAAUCGGCUGCCCGUGAUUCGUUUAGCACACGAUACAAGAAGCCGUGUAGUUGUAAGACAGGCUUGUUAUUGAUGAAUCUGUUUGCAUAUCAACUUAUGUUUUCGCAAACUCAGAGUGAAGUUUUACGUGCAUACGUUUUCGUGUAGAAUUAUCAGUAUAUCACAUAUAAUGUGUGAGAAUUUGAUUCACUAGUCGAAACUAUCAAAAUAUUGAAGCAAUGCCAUUUGAAGCGGAUGAACGCUCCUUGGCCCAGGAUCGGGAGUUGAUUCAUAGGUUGGCUCAGAAGUCAGAUGAGCUUCUCUCAAGGCUGGCAGAAGUGACACCUUCACUCGAACAGCUCACGACCGAAACUGCUAAAGUAAAUCUGAUAUUUCGAAAUGUGAUAGGGGAUUUAAAUGCUUUGUCGGAGAAGCGUUUCGUCGAGAAUCGGGUUGAAGCAGUUCACGAGAGGAAGAUACCGCCAGAGCCAAAGGGCCCGCGGCCAGCUACUGCGGAAGAACUACGCGAGGCUGUUCAAGAGGGCCUCCAAUCAUUUGGAUUACUUCCAGCUGGCGAGCUUACCGACAUGGAGACCGGUUACGAGUGCUUCCAAAGAGAGCGACCAUUCUCAUUAGUGAUCGGCACCCCACGGUGGCUAGAAGAGGAUCCCCUUGGUAGAGCGGAAGUACCUGAAACGUCAGGUACAUUUGAGGAAUCACUGUUGUCAGAGGCUAUUGAAGAUCUGAUAUCACCAAUUUCACUACCGUACGAGAUCGAAAAGGCAGCUGAUGCGGCGGAGUGGUUUGACCGUAGCCGCCAGGGAAGGACUUCGAGCAUCAGUACGCCGAAAGCCACCUUUGCCGAGGACUCUAGCAGUCUAUCAUCGGUGUUCGACUUCCCACAGCGAAGUAGCGUGCCGACCAUUUUACCUCAGCCAGGAAAUUCGAAAGACACUGCUUCACCUGGAGGCCCCUUUGACGACGAAAGUGAAAACGAUGGAGAUUUGUUUGGUACCGUUCAGAAGCCAUCCUUGACAUAUUGCGAAGUGAGUCAACAAAAGAAAUCGGCUCGACAAGCGACAAAGGUCACAUCACUUUUGGACAAGCAAGAGCCAUUAGAAGCCGCCUCGAUAGUAUCUGCACAGUCAUUUCUUAGUGAACUAAAAUUUAAGACAACGCAAAGGACGAAGCAGUCAACCGACGCCGAAGAAGAACAACGUAGGAGCAUCAAACAUACCUCAGAAAAAUCUCAGCCUACGGCUUUUGCGCAAGUUUCCGAUGAUCGAAAGAGAGAUGUCUCCAAUGAAAUCACCCGAGAUCACAACCAGGGCACAACCGCACCACCAACAUUGUUCAGGAAUUGCGAAGCGACAACGAAAACUGCAUUGGCACAAAAGCGUCCCUCAAUAUUCGACAGUGAUUCGGACUCUGACCUUUUGGCCCCGGUAGCGCCACCACCGAGUUCGCUGAACCUUAGCAAAACCACUGCAGUGGAAAAUCCACUUUCCCAAACAAAGAACAAGUCUAACUUAACACUCGACAGUGAUCAAGAAUCAGAGAAGGAAAUUACGCCAUCACUGCUUCAUCCGUCCAUGCCUACCCUCAGCAAUUCUGGUAACGAGCAUAGAAAUUCGAUUAUAUAUCGAAAAGACCUUCCGAAAAGGGGAUUCCUAUUUGACAGUGGCAGUGAUUCGGAAAGCGACAUAUUCUCGAAGAAACCAUCGCCCCUAUUUAAGAAAAAUAAAAACAUAGCAGCGUCACCACAUUCGGUAGAACCAGCAGUAAAGGCCAAAACAACAUCUAUUGAAAAAGAGCAAGUUCGUAAAAACGCCCUGCUUCCCGCGAUACCAUUUCAACCGACUACAGACAAGGAUAGGUCCGACGAAAAAAUAUUUGGCUCUCGAUUUUCCGCGCCGGACGCUAAUCUACAACCACCUCAAUUUACUCCUUUAUCUUUAGAUCCUAUAGGAGCCACAAUCACUGAGAAGAAAACCAUUGCAGAGCUUCAGUCUAGAGAGCAUAUACCGAAGCCGUUGGAAUCUUUUGUAAAGCCUCCUUCCAGUGAUUCUGAUGAAUCGGCAAUAAGAAAACAUUCGCCUGAGGUGGACAAUAUUCAAGAUACAGACCACCAAAAAGUGGCAUCAAAAAAACUAGCCCUAUUCGAUAGUGAAUCCGACGAUGACUCUCUUUUUGGUGACCCCUUAAAAAAGCCUACUGCUUACGAAGAAAAACUUCCGAGAAUUGAAAGUUAUUCAAAGUCAACGCUAGGUACUGAUCAACAUCUUUUUGUGAACUCAACUGUUAGAUCAACCCUAGAAAAACAGAUAAAACCAGCUACUGAAACGGUAGUGGAAAAUAAGAAAGAUGAAAAAUCGGACCAGAAACAGGAAGAAAGCAAUUUGAAGAUGACGUACGAGAAGGAGUGCGUAAACAAAAUUAGUGCAGCACUUCCUAUAGACACAGUAGAGAGUGUAAGGCAAAAACAACAGCAGUCUGGUACGGUACCUGUUGACGGCGAUACUCAAAGCGGCAACUCGUAUAGUGAACGCAGCCGUCAAACAUUACCUGAUGAUGAGUCUCCAUCUAACAAGAUGGAGAAGCAGUUUACAGAACAAUUGACCUUCGAUGAAGUCAUGCUUCCGAUUGCGGCCGUAAGUACCACUCCCAUAGCCGACGAACUAAAACAACCGAUCGCAUCCGAAGAUAAAUCUCUGGUAGCGGAUCAGGCCAAGCUUCCAGCCCCUGAGCAAGGAAAUUCUUCACUGUGGAAAAUUCCAGUUAAAUCUUGUAUCCCAGUAAAGAUCAAACCACCGUUUCCCGUAAAAGUAAAUACAACAAGUAAGAAUAUAAUCAAAACACCAGCGGAAAAUGAAGCGGGUCUUUCCCAAGAGACUCAACCUUACUCUAGACAAGAAGUUGAACACAUCGCAGUGGAAAAAAUAGUACGUGACGAUACUUCAUCGAACGAAACAACAAUGGAUCAGGAUAUCUCCUCAAAGAAAACAGGAAAAAUCGAUUCGGUAAAGAGGGUAGGAACCGGGCUUCCUGUAGGCUUGUUGCGAGGCCUUAAGUUAAAGCAGCAGCAGUUCGGCAUAGCACCUCCUCAGCGCAAGACCCAUAGCAGUGAUUCCGAUUGCGAUAGCCGGUCAGAAUCGGAAUCCGUGGAUUCGUCGAUUGCAAAACCGGAGUCAGCACUCUUUUCUGGUGGCCAAACUAUCGGAAAAGUUGUUGAAAACAAAGGCAUAAUAAACAUCACAAAAAGUCGCGCAAAAGGUCCCAUUGGACGUAGACUGCCAUCCAGAACGAAAACCUGCACCUCGCAAGAAAACACUGAUCAAGUGACAGAUGAAAGUGGUAACUCGGAGGAAUCCAAAAGCGAAAUAAUGGAUGUGGAUACGGAAAAGACUGACACCAGUGUCACUGACGGUGGCACCUUAAAAGCAUCGCUCGGAAGUCAAGCGGACGUAUACAGAGUAAUUACUCCGUCAAUGGACAAAAAUUCAGAUAUAUUUAUAAUAAAAAGGAACGAAAAGUUGACAAAGGAAAAUAGUUUGCAGAGUGAGGAUAUCAAAACGGAUAUUCCGACUCCGGAACAAAAACCUGCGCUCGUUUCAAACACUGAGUCUAAUAGGCCAACAAGAUGUCUAGCAGAGGAAUCACCGAAACUAUUUUCUUCGGACAGUGAUGACGAACUGUUUGCCCCGCAAACGAUACCGCAGAAGAAAACUUUACCAAGAGAAGCUGUUACGACUGUUACGAAGACGUUAACGACUUCGAAAGACGUACCGCCUUCAAAGUCAUUUACGGAUCCCCUUUCAGUACUUCCUGCCGGCGACACGGAAGUUAGUGCGGAGAAGAAUAAACAAAGUGUGGCUGCUGGUAACUUUGCAGCAGCGACAAAAAUAAGCAGCGCACCUUCGGAUAAGAAAAGACUUAUCAAAAGACAGAACAUAGCAAGCUUGCGGAAGGCAAACAUACCUUCAAGAAACGAAUUAUUUGAGGAUUCCGGUGAUGAUGAUGAAGACCUAUUUGGUACAAAAAAGGAUUUCAAAACGCUUACUCAAACAGUGCCCAAAUCAUUGACAAGCUUGUGCUUACCUCAGAACUUUGGCCAGGCGACGACACCACAGAGCCAACUGAACAGUAAAGGCCUAUUUGGUUCCGACUCAGAUUCCGAUGAUCUAUUCAGAAAGUGACUAGGGCGCUGACACUAACUGCAGAAUGUAUAACAAUUUUCAUAUAAAAGCAAUCGACAGCUAGCGGUUUAUGAAGAUGUUUAUAAGUAGUCUAUAGACAUUGAGGUAACAAACAAAUCCAUAUAUCGCGUAGGUGUUGAAUACCGGUUAAAUCUUUUACUUGAUAAAUUCUUGUUAUGUAAUUUUCA